UCCCUAGGACGGUAAUGAAAAAGCAUUAAACUAUUCAUUCUAAUUGUUUAAGUGGGCCAUAUAGUUUUUGUUUCGUAUAAAUAGCAGUGUAAGCUUCCUUUGUUGCACCAUAAAAUUAAUUGAUCAUUCACAAAUGUCCUAAGAGCUUCCAUUUAAGACAGCCUCCUUCACAAAAAUUCCCCUCUAAUUCUCUUUCACUUUUACGUACUCCUUCACUCAAUUCCCACGUUUUUUUAUACUGACGAUAUAUAUUUAAAAAAGGAGAAAAAUGAUUAUUCCAGUGCCAACAACAUCCUCUACCUGCAAACAAGAAUUGCCCCUUGUAAAUUUCCAAAAGGGACUAACCAAAAUGGAGUCUUUAUUUCACAAUCGAAACAAAGAUAAAGUGGUAGUGAUAAUGGGGGCCACAGGAACUGGAAAGACAAAAUUAGCCAUAGAUUUGGCUAAACAUUUUCAACCAGCUGAAAUAGUGAAUUCAGAUAAAAUGCAAGUUUAUAAAGGUCUUGACAUUACAACAAAUAAGGUAACAAAAGAAGAAUGUGACGGGGUCCCACACCAUCUCUUAGGUGUAAUUGAUCCUACUUCAAAUUUCACUGCAAACGAUUUUUGUCAUCAUGCUUGUUUAGCAAUUGAUUCAAUUGUGGAAAAAGAUGGUUUACCAAUUAUUGCUGGUGGUUCAAAUUCAUACUUAGACACCUUGGUGAACCAUUGUAGUGAAUUUAGAUUAAGGUAUGAGUGUUGUUUUCUUUGGGUUGACGUGUCACUACCCGUGCUUCAUUCCUCACUUCAAUCACGUGUUGAUCGAAUGAUUGAAGCUGGUCAAGUUGAUGAAGUUCGUGAAUUCUUUAAUCCUUGUGGUGAUUAUACAAAAGGAAUUCGAAGGGCUAUUGGAGUACCUGAAUUUCACGAUUUUCUAGUAGCUGAAGCAAAUUCAGCUGAUGAGAGAACAAAAAAGAGACUUUUGGAAAGUGCCAUUGCAAGAGUGAAGAUUAAUAAUUGCACGCUUGCGAAUAGACAAGUUCAAAAGAUUCGUCGAUUAAAUGGAAUGUGGAAAAGGAACAUGCAUCGUCUUGAUGCAACUGAACCGUUGAUUAAAGGUGGAUCACGUGGUUGUGAGGAAGUGUGGGAAAAUCAUGUACUUACAAAAAGUCUUAUGAUUCUUCACAAUUUUCUAUACGGUGAAAUAAGUGUUCGGUCCAGAAUUAUAUCAUCAAAAGAUGUAAUCACUGCCUUUUCUGAACUGCCAUCUUCAAUGGCAUUGUCCGCUAUUGCAGCGGCAGCCCAUUAGAGACAUUAUGUGGGGCCAAACAAUCUAUAUACCAUUUCAAUUCAUUCAAACUAUUAUAAUCUUUUGUUGAGCUUAUAGAGAGGUUAUUUAUCACAAUGAAAAAUGUAAUUUUUUUUUGGUUUUGUUCUUUUCGGUUACAUGGGGAUUGGAAUACUGGAGUGUAUUGCUUAUAAAUUUAUUUAAUAUAUGUCAAUGGACCAUAGCAUAUACGACCCCUGCUUUAAUUUCU